AUGAUGUACUCGUCCAAAUUCCUCCUUGCCCUCUGCCUUACGGUGGGUCUGGCUACUGCCUUGCCCAAGGUGGGAUCGACCAGCGAGUUGGAUGGCGAUCUCUACAAUUACAAGCGGGCUGAGGCUGAGCUCGACGGGGAUCUGUACAACUACAAGAAACGCGAUGGGGCGGAGUUAGACGGGGACUUGUAUAACUACAAGAAACGGGAUGGAGCAGAACUUGACGGGGACUUGUAUAAUUACAAGAAGCGGGACGGAGCGGAGCUCGAUGGGGAUCUCUACAAUUACUAG